UGCUCAAAACUGCUUUUAGAAACACGAGAAAGACCUGCCGCCGCCGCCGCAGUCGGGUUGGGCAAACGCUGUGGGCAAAGCGGUAGCCUUCCCCUGGGUGCAUCGCCGGCUCUCCAGCCCAGCAGAGGUGGUCAUUUUGGUGGUGCUGAUGGUCACUUUGUUGAACUGAUCAGUGUCUCUUCCUCCCUCUCCUUCAAUAUGCAUGGAGUAGAGAGCAGGGAAUUGUCUCUGAAGAAACCUCCUGUUGAAAUGCCUUACAUCAAUGUGGCUGCAGCUCUGCAGAUUUGUGCGCUGCUGUCUGCACUGCCUGCACAAUACUUCAUCUCCCAGUGGUACGGAACAGACUCUGCUCAGCGCAUCCAAAUAACAGAAAGGAUAAUUGCCUCCUGGAGCAGCUUUACAAAACCUUACUUGAGUCUGGAUGCAUGGGCAGAUCGUUUAAAGCUGUGGCUAGCAAAGUCAAGGAAUUGGUACUAUGGAGAAAAGAAAACUGUAAGUGGCAACAAUGAAGCAGAACCACAUUCUUAUUUUGCAGAAUCAACUCAUGUUCACAGUCCAAAGCCUGACUAUAUUCAGUUCAGUGUGGGACAGGUAAUAGUUCACAAGAGAUUUGGCUAUUCUGGAGUCAUUAUUGGAUGGGAUGUGAAAGCUAACGCUCCGGGAGAAUGGCUACAACAUAAAUAUCCUCCAGUGAAACAGGAUCUAAAAGGUACUCCUCACUAUCGAAUUCUAAUUAACGAAGCAAAUGGAUUUGGCAAAUCUACAGCUUACAUUCCUGAGGAAGAGAUAACAGUUAUUAUGGGAUUGGAGGUGCAUCACCCUGAUAUGAAAGCCUAUUUCAGUGGAUAUGAUGGAUCAAAAUACAUCAUGCAGCCCUGGUUGAAAAAGAUCUACCCUCAUGACUGAAGUGUUUGUAUGUGUAAUGUACAUCCAGACAAUGUAUUUCCUUUUUAAACUGGAGCGAAUAAGAUAAAACAUGUAUAUUUUUUUUCUAUGAUGAAAUAAAAGGUUUCUAGGCAUGUU